AAACGGUGUGAUUGCGGUGUAUGUCCACAAUGUGUCGCUGCCACCUCGCGAAUGUUUUCUCGACACGGAGUCGCUCCACGUACGGCGGACUGAGAGCAACGCACCGCCCGGCCACACCGCAGCAAGUCGGCAACAACGCAACCGGAGCACCGCGGGGACGGACCGCAUUGUUCCCCACAUGUAGCAGGACCCAGAGCAGCACAUCCUCUGCGUCCUUCACGCUUGGAGCCACCGGGUGACGAAUCCAGUUUGGAGACUGGUUUUAGUGGCGCUCAUCGGGAACACUGGUUCCGGAACUACUUAUCCAGUGCGUGGAGAGUAAAUAGCUUUUUAAAAUGGCAACCAGUCACUCACCGCGAACACAGACGUGAUGAGCAGGUGUCCCAGAGGCUGAGUGUCCCCUUAGUUCCCCGAUCAGGGCCUGUGGUUGCAGAGCCUCUCCAGAGGUGAUGUCUGCGGCCCAGACCCAGAAGGAGAGCGGGGAGGCUGGCUGGGCACCCCUGGAGGCCCUGGGCCUCAGCCAGAAGGAGCUGGUCCUGGCAGAGGCCCUCCAGAUGGAGUACGACGCCCUCUCUCGCCUCAAACAAGACAAGGGAGUCCCUGCUGGGCCCGAAAGCGGCUCCAAGCCUGUCUCGAGGCCCCCGCCCCCGCCCUCCAUCGAGCGCCCUCGGCCCGUCCCCAGCGGACACGUCUCCAGCCCCCCCGGGGGGAACCUGUUGAGGGGUCUCUCCGGGUCGGACUCCUCCUUGAAUCAGCCGGCAGGGUCCCGGUCCCCAACACGGUCCCCCACGCGGCCCCCGCUGAGCAGGCCGGCUCCCCCGCGGGGGCCGCUCAGCAAGGAGCCUCUGUACAUCCUGGACGGCGAGGGCGACCUCCUCCCGGGCUCCCGCUAUGGACCGGGCUCCAGCCCCGCCCCCAAAGGGGCCCCCCCCCCUAACGACGACAUGCCCCCCGCCGUCCCGCCGAGGAACCCCCUCCCGCACUUGUCGGGCUCAGACAACCCCUUCCUGCCCCCCCGCGGCCCCCCACCCGGGGCGCCCCACGACGUGAACCUGUUCACCCCCGACGUGGACCGGCCCAAGGUGACCUCGGAGGAGGUGACCUACGAGAGCCUCAACGCCGCGCUGUCCCGCCUCAACAGCGAGCGGCAGGGCCAGCGCAGCCGGCGGGCCAGCGGGGAGCCCCCGGGUAAGCCUGUGGCCCGCAGCAAGACCCUGCCCCCCCAGGUGCCCCCCAGGACCUACAUGCCGGCCCCCAAGAGCAAAAGGAACCUGCGCCGGGUGUCCGCAGACCCAGUUGCCUUGGAGUCCCGAGCAAACGGCUUCAGCUACGAGCUGUUCAAGGUGUCGGAGGACAGAGACGAGGAGGUGGCUGCCUACUGCCACAUGCUGGACAUCCUGAGGUCGGCGGACCCGUGCGGCGAGCGCUCCAGGAACACAGGCUUCGUGUGGUCCCCGUCGGUGUCCCAGGAGGAGCUGCAGCAGGGCCUGGGGGUCAGUGUGAAGGUCACGGUCAUCAGCGAUCACUUCAGGGAGCCGCUCACCUUCACCUGCGACGGCUCUUCCACCGUGGACCUGCUGAUCUACCAGACGCUGUGCUACGCCCAGGAAGACCUGGACGUGGACGUGGAGCAGUACCUGCUCAAAGUCUGUGGACAGGCAGAGUUCCUCAGCAAUUCCCAGACGCUGGCCGGUCUUGAGUAUGUCCAGCAGUGUCUCAAGUAUGAGUGGGACAUUUGUCUCCUGCUCACCAAGCGAGCUUCAAUCAACACAGAGCUGGCUCGCACGGAAGAAGAUGACAAAAUGGCGUCCACCAUGAACCACUGCAUCUUGCUCCAAGAGCGGCCAAUUAGACAGACCGUCACCAGGGAGGCACUCACCCUUCUGCUGGAUACAUAUCACAACGAGGCUGAGGCCUUCAUCCUGUCUGAGGCUGAGCUGCUGCUGCAUGUUGAGCGUCUUGUCCAAUCGGUGAAGGCCCUGUGCAGUACUCUGGCCUCCGUGGAGUCGGCCGACCUGACCUCUGCCCUCAGCCAGCUCCCAGCAUGCCCUUGUCGCCUGCAGCCGAAGGUUCAGAAGGAUAUCUCUGUAUUGGCUGUCAAAGGAAACAGAGAAAAGGUGGUGGAGAGGCUGACAGUGGCCAUCCUGGACCAGGUGGAGCUGUACUGCAGCACCUUCAACGCCAACUUCCACACAGCGCCGCCCAGCAGCCGCAGCACUGCGCCCAUCCAGGAGGCGGGCGUGGUGAACAACGUGCUCUCCUUCAGCGUCUACUCGGCCCACCGCGUCCCCAUCACUUGGGCGGCCAGUUACGAGGGCUUCUUCCUCUCCUGCUCCCUGACUCACGGCGGGGCGGAGCUGUGUGCUCCUCAGCACACCAGUAAGCAGGCGGUCAGCAAGUACCUAUUCCACCUGGUGGUCUGGGACCAAAGGGUGUGUUUCCCAGUGCAGAUCAACCAGCUGCCCCGUGAGUCCCAGCUGACUGUGACUCUGUACGCCACGGCUCUACCGCCCCCUGGUGGCACGGAGGAGAAGGGCAAGCAGCGGCGCAGCAUCGACGCGCUGGGCUGGGUGACCAUGCCCCUCUUCAACUUCAGACAUGUUCUGACGUGUGGAAGGAAGCUGCUUGGUCUCUGGCCGUCCAUCCCAGGAAGUGGAAACGCACGCUCAAGCUCUCCCAACUUCAGCCAGCCUGACAGCGUCAUCCUGCAGGUGGACUUCCCCACCUCGGCGUUCGAGGUCCGCUUCAGCACCCCCGGGCCGGCGGACUUCUGCCCGCAGUACGAAUUCUCCAGGCUGGACACAGCCAGCCAGCGCCAGCUGCAAGACGUCCUGCACAAGAAGUCCCUCUUCUGGUUGACGGUGGAGGACAGGCGGCUGCUGUGGGAGAAGAGAGCCUUCUGCCAGGAGGAGAGCGCCGCCCUGCCACUGGUGCUGGCCAGCGCCCCCUGCUGGCAGUGGUCCUGCCUGCCCGACAUAUACGCCCUGCUGAGGCAGUGGGCCUGCCUGAGCCACAUGGACGCUCUGGGGCUGCUGCACGCCUCGUUUCCCGACCAGGAGCUGAGGCGGACUGCGGUGCAGUGGAUGGACUCCAUAUCAGACCCCGAGCUGCUGGACUUCCUGCCUCAACUAGUCCAGGCGCUGAAGUACGAGUGCUACCUGGACAGCGCGUUGGUCCGCUUCCUGCUGCGGAGGGCCAUCGGAGACGUCCGCAUCGCCCACUACCUGUUCUGGCUGCUGAAGGACGCGCUGCAGGACCGUCAGUUCAGCGGGCGCUACCAGCACCUUCUGGCCGCCCUGCUGUGCUGCGCCGGCCGUGGCCUGAGGGAGGAGUUUGAGCGCCAGUGCUGGAUGGUGUCCGUCCUUGCCAAGGUGGCCCAAAGAGUCAGGGACGCCAUGGCCUCCAACAGACAGACGGUCCUUAGGGAGGGUCUGGACGAGAUGAAGCAGUUCUUCUCUGUCAACAGCAGCUGUCGGAUGCCCCUCAACCCUGCCCUGCUGGUGAAAGCCAUCAACGUCCAGUCCUGCUCCUUCUUCAACUCCAACGCUGUUCCCCUGAAGCUGUCCUUCCAGAACGUAGACCCCCACGGAGACAACAUCAAUGUCAUAUUUAAGUCGGGGGACGACUUGCGGCAGGACAUGCUGACCCUGCAGAUCAUCCGCAUCAUGAACCGGAUCUGGAUCCAGGAGGGGCUGGACAUGAGGAUGGUGAUCUUCAGAUGCUUCGCCACCGGCCGGGGGAGAGGCAUGGUGGAGAUGAUCCCCCAGGCAGAGACCCUGAGGAAGAUCCAGGUAGAGCACGGGGUCACGGGCUCCUUCAAGGACCGCCCGCUGGCUGACUGGCUGCAGAAGCACAACCCCACCGACGACCAGUAUGAGAAGGCGGUGGAGAACUUCAUCUACUCGUGUGCGGGCUGCUGCGUGGCGACCUACAUCCUGGGGAUAUGCGACCGCCACAACGACAACAUCAUGCUGAAGACCAGCGGCCACAUGUUCCACAUCGACUUCGGGAAGUUCCUGGGUCACGCGCAGAUGUUCGGGAACAUCAAGCGUGAGCUAGCGGCUGUGUUGAGACGAUGGGGAGGAGGUAGAGGAGGAAACACUGGACUCUAGGAUAACCUUUUCAGAAGAGCAUUUAAAGGUAGAAUAAGGGACAAACCCAGGAGAGCCUCCUAGAGUCACGUGGUUGUAAACACUCGCCCGUUGGGUACGAAA